CGCAUCGUAUUGCCUAUCAACAGAGUAGAGCUUCCUCUCCAGACUGUGAAGAGCCCAUGCAUCCCGGAUACUCGAGAAACGGGACACACACACCGGCCCCACCCUCACCCUGUGGUAGUCAUAUGACACCAUCUCCCCUCAGAGCGGCGAUGAACGAUGUCAUGUCCUCUUUACACGAUAUGACAUCGUUUUCGCAAUCGCCGCCUCCUGCAACCAGAAAAGAACCAUCGCCGCCUAAUGUGUGGUCUCCCGAUGCAUUCGAGCAGAUCAGAACCAGCACAAGAGAGCAAUCGCGUGCGCAGUCUUCGUUGGGCUUCGCAUCCCAUCGGCAGCUCGAGGACUAUGGAUUAGCUAGCUUGCAUCUGCCUGCGAUUCCUUCCUCUCACGAUGAUGGUGCUGGUGACAACCACUACGUGCAGCGGAUGGAGCAGCAGCUGCGACAUGCCAAGUCAUUCUCCGAUCAAGCACCGCAACCGCCCCUCAAAGAUGCACAGUAUUCUGCUCGACCAACCACUUCCAGUAGUGGCUCCAGUCAAAACUCGAAUGGCCGACAGCCCCAGUCUCGGCAGCAACAUCCGCAGCUACGACAUCGGAAGUCUGCAUUUGAGGUGGCACCGAGAGCUUUGGACAGAACCUACACGACCAAGACGAAUGUGACAAAUUCCACGGAGACAUCUUCUGCGACGCAGAGUAGCACGAGUACCCAACUGACCAGCCGAAGCAUCAUGUCUGGGUACUCUGCUGGAGGGUUCAGUGCUACGAGUGCCGGCAGUCUCGCACGGCGCAAAUUUGGUCUCGGCAGUCAGCGAGAGCGGCGGGAGAUGGGGCACACCAAGUCGCUUGGGGACAUCAAUUCCAGCACGAGAGGAGUUGCUGAAAGUGGAAGUGCAGCUUCGGGACCCAGUUACCACGAAAGCCAUGCUUCUUACAAUCAGCCACUUCUCACUCCGGUUGCAGAUUGGAACAAGGACCCCAUGGAAGAUGCUGGAAUACUGGGCGGACUCAGCUCGCCGCAGGGUAGACGGAGUGGCUUCUUCAAACGCAUGAUUGAGACUGCCAAGACAACCGCGAGAACCGGCGCCGCAAAUGCACGUUCCACGAUUGGUAGUGCCAGUGGCAGUCGCCCAAGCAGUCGUGCUGGCAGUCGCAGUCCCACGAAGAGCCUCAUCGGGAGCAACGGCAUCACUGCGAUCGCAGGUGGAAUGGCUAGCCGCCCGGGAACUACAUCUGGAAUGACCUCCCGAGAUAUGGGUCUGAGUGGGGGAGGCGAUUGGAUGCAGGUGAGGCGCGACGUCAACCGCUCGAACUCACUCAGCCAAAGAGAGCGAGACGAUCGUGCCGAGCGCUGCGAGAUGCACGAUAUCCCCGUGAUGCGCCCGAUCGACCAGCUCCACGAGUACGUCGAGGGCGAUGAAGGUCUCGAUGGUCUACCCGUGGACGAGCCCACGGACUUCCAGUUGCCCAACCUUCAACUCGUUGACAAAAGUACGCGUUUCAUUCAUAGCAUCCCCCCGAUGACAACCGCCUCUUCGCUGGCGCAGAGCUUCGUGUGUCGGCCACACCGCAGUGACGUGCAAAGACUGCGUGCAAUCUUCACAUGGGUUUCAGAACGCAUCACGUGGGAAGAAGACUAUGAAGGCCAGAUUGAUACCCGCAGAGCGAUUCAGACCAAACGCGCGUGCAGUGAAGAGAUUGCACUGUUAGUGCGCGACAUGUGUACUGCAGUCGGUCUGCACGCCGAGGUAGUUCGUGGUUACCUGAAGGGACCGGGCGAAGUGCUGGACCUGGACACCAUUGCCCGUCCCAACCACUGGUGGAACGCCAUGAUUGUGGACGGAGAGUGGCGCAUGAUGGACUGUUCUCUCGCGAAUCCGACGCAUCCUCAACGAAGCACGUACAGCUCUGCCAGUAGUCAGGUUGCAGAGUCCUGGUACUUCUUGACGAGGCCCAUGGAGUUGUGUUAUACGCAUAUUCCUCUGCUGCCCGAGCAACAGCAUUUGGUGCCCCCGAUUGAGCAUGAAGUGUUGAUAUCUCUGCCUUGCGCAUGUCCCUCGUACUUCCGCAAUGGCGUUGAGCUUGCAAACUUCCAUACCAGCAUGCUGCAUUUGGAGAACCUGGAGAUGGCGCACCUGCACAUUCUUGUGCCUGAGGAUGUCGAGGUCGUAGCUAUGACCGAGUCGAGAGCGUUUGCACAGGAUGCGGAUGGAGAUUACUUUGAAAGUGGCGACAUCACCACCAAAAAGGCGUUUGCACAGGCCGAGUGGACUGGCGGCCGGAAGCGAUUCACGGUGAAGGCACUCCUGCCCGGCGAUGAGGGACAAGGCGUGCUGAAGAUCUACGCGGGCAAACGUGGGCUCAUGCACUCCAUCAAGGACAAUCCUCAUGCUAUGGCACUUGCCAUGCCGCUCACUCAUUCUGGUCAGAACCCACCCUACGACUUCUUGACACGACACCCCACGCCUCAUGCGCAGCGUCACGACUUGUAUGUCGCGCAGCCACAGUGUUCCCGACUGACACUGAACAAUACCUUUGUCUUUUGCGUGCGACAACACCCCUCAUCACUUUCCCGGUUCACUCCUGACACGUGGGGUGCUUCCUCUUCGGCACAUGGUCGUGCUCCGUCGCCGGGGCCGUUGAUGCGACCGUCGAGCGCGAUGAGUAUGGUCUCCAUGACGACGUCCAACCAAGGCAGCAACUUUGGCUCCGAGUCUUCCGACCCGAUGACAGCGGCACAACAGAAGCCCGCCAAGCUGGCUAUACAGAGCCCGAGUCAAAAGAUCAUUCGACUGACGAGGAAGCAAGACAAUGUCACGAGAAAUGUGGAAGAAGACAUGGGACUGACGACUAUUUGGGAGACGGUGAUUAAGAUUGGCGAGAGAGGUACAUGGAGAGGACUCGUGCUUGCCGAUCGGAGCGCGAGGUGGUGCGUCUUUGCCGAGUGGGAGUGUACGUGACGAUAUUGAUGAUGAUGAUGAGGACUGAUGAUGACGAUGUCGUCGACGAUGAGAGAGCACCAUGUGAUGAUUGAAGGUGUACGAUACGUUUCUGACACGGGCAUUGGGGAUAGCAUCGUCUAGCGAGUAUUAGCAUGGUGUUGUGGCGUCUCUUGCAUGAGCUGGGCUUGACACAGCUGUAGAACUAAUAGAGAAUAAU